AUGACAGUAGAAUCAUUAAAAAGAAAGAAAAGUAAUACAAAAGUGAAGAGAACAGCAUUAGACAACAAGAUGUUAGCUUUUGCUGUUGAGGAUCUUUUAACCUAUGGAUCAUCUGGAUACAGAUAUGCUAGACAGUUCAUAGAAACUGGUGACAUUAGAGUUGUACAAUUCAAAAAGUUAGUUGGUGUAUCAAAAAGUAGCAUUGACAUUAUUCUAGAUGAAUACCUUGUUCAUAAUCCGUUGACCCAUCCAAACUCCACUAAAUUCCUACGACCAUUGGAUAGGAUAAUAAUCACAAUGUUUCAUAUGAGACAUUAUACAUCUGAUAUAUUUACAGGAUUUUUAUUUAGGAUCUCAAGAACAGCAGUUAAUAGAGUUAAAAUGGCCAUGAUUGAAUAUUUAUUCAGUAGACAAAGAAAAAGCAACAUUCUUGGUAGAAGCAAAGUAUUCAAAUGUCUUUCUGAAAUGUUUAGAUACUCAGGUAGAUUGAAUGAAGAUCAAACAUGUAAUCUAAAUGACCACUAUUGGAGAGCUGUUGUCUAUGUUUAUUUCGAUAUAGAAAGAACUUGUGAAAGAAGAUUUCAAGCGGAUAUUCCACCAGAUGAUCUAUUAGAUUUACAUUAA